UGUUGCGACUGGUCCGCACGCCCGCCCUCCCUCGGCCGUGCGCCCGGGCCCGGGAGGCGCGGUCGGGGCGGGAAGCAGCCGGGACCUGACGCUCGCCAGAUACCUCUCAUCAUUGUAUGGAUGGACAUUUGAGAGUGCUGUUGUCAAAUGCUUGCAAGCAUGGAAACUUCAUCAAUGCUGUCCUCGUUGAAUGAUGAGUGUAAAUCAGACAAUUACAUUGAGCCUCACUACAAGGAAUGGUAUCGAGUAGCCAUUGAUGCACUAAUUGAACAUGGGUUAGAAGCAUACCAAGAAUUUCUUGCCAAGGAACGAGUAUCAGACUUCCUAGCUGAAGAAGAAAUUAAUUAUAUUUUGAAAAACGUCCAGAAAGUUGCACAAAGUACAGCACACAGCACUGAUAACUCCUAUGAUGAUACCUCAUCUUCAGGGACUUACUGGCCCAUUGAGUCUGAUGUGGAAGCUCCAAAUCUUGACUUAGGCUGGCCAUAUGUGAUGCCUGGACUCUUGGGAGGCACCCAUAUAGACCUCCUCUUUCAUCCACCAAGAGCACAGUUACUUACAAUUAAGGAAACUAUUCGGAAGAUGAUCAAAGAAGCAAGAAAGGUCAUUGCUUUAGUGAUGGAUAUAUUUACAGAUGUGGACAUUUUCAAAGAAAUAGUAGAGGCAUCAACUCGAGGAAUAUCUAUAUACAUUCUGCUUGAUGAGUCCAACUUUAAUCAUUUCCUAAAUAUGACUGAAAAACAGGGCUGUCAAGUUCAACGACUCAGGAAUAUUCGAGUGCGGACAGUAAAAGGCCAAGAUUAUCUUUCCAAAACAGGAGCAAAAUUUCAUGGAAAAUUGGAACAGAAAUUUUUGUUAAUUGACUGCCAGAAAGUUAUGUAUGGUUCCUACAGCUACAUGUGGUCAUUUGAAAAAGCUCACCUCAGCAUGGUUCAGAUAAUCACAGGACAACUUGUUGAGUCCUUUGAUGAAGAAUUUAGAACUCUCUAUGCCAGAUCCUGUGUCCCCAGUUCAUUUGCACAGGAAGAAUCAGCAAGGGUGAAACAUGGCAAAACACUCUGGGAGAAUGGCACCUACCAGCGUUCACUUUCUUCAUUAGCUUCCGUUUCAAGCCAAAGAAACCUUUUUGGCAGACAAGACAAAAUUCAUAAGCUAGAAUCUAGUUAUUUCAAAAACAGAGGAAUAUAUACUCUAAAUGAACAUGACAAAUAUAGCAUAAGAAAUCAUGGAUACAAGCCUCAUUUUAUUCCAAACUUUAAUGGUCCAAAUACAGUCCGUCAGUAUCAAUCCAGUCAGAUAAAUGAAAAUUGGAAGAGGCAUAGUUAUGCUGGGGAACAGCCAGAAACAGCACCAUACCUGCUGCUUAACAGGGUUCUGAAUCGAAACAUUAAUCCUCCAGGUAAUUGGAAAAAGCCUUCAGAUAGUCUUAGUGUGGCCUCCUCAUCACGAGGAGGCUAUGCAAGCCACCGUAACACACCUGCCCAGAGUUUUGCUGAUCGGCUUGCCCAGAGAAAAACAACAAAUCUUGCAGAAAGGAACUCAAAUGUGCGGAGAUCUUUCAAUGGGACGGAUAAUCAUAUUCGCUUUUUGCAGCAAAGAAUGCCAACCCUUGAACAUACCACAAAGUCAUUCUUGCGUAACUGGAGAAUUGAAUCCUACUUAAAUGAUCAUUCAGAAGCUGCACCUGAUUCAAAUGGAUCAGCUCUAGGUGACCGGUUUGAGGGCUAUGAUAGUUCUGAAAAUUUGAAAGCCAAUGCCCAUUACACUCAUUCUCGGCUUCGUUCCUCUUUUGUGUUUAAACCAACAUUACCUGAACAGGAAGAAGUUAACAGUUGUACAACUGGCUCCUCAAAUUCAACAGUCAUUGGUUCCCAGGGAAGUGACACACCUAAAGAGGUCCCAGACACCCCUAUGAGUGUACAGCAUACGACAGACAAACCUGUGCCAGAAUCAGCCCCUAAGCUCCCAUUGCAGUCAGAGGCACCAAAAAUGCACACGUUGCAGGUUCCCGAAAACCACUCAGCAGUCUUAAAUCAAACUACAAAUGGCCAUACAGACUCAAACAACUAUUUAUAUACAUCCUUGUGUGUAAAUAAGCAGACAGAAAAUCUGAAGAAUCAACAAAAUGAGAAUCUGCUCAAGAGGCGAAGUUUCCCAUUCUUCGACCACUCAAAAGCCAAUUUAGAUCAUGGACAUAGUAAGCAUUAUGUCUAUAGUACACUUACCAGGAAUCGAGUUAGACAACCAGAAAAACCCAAAGAGGAUUUGUUGAAAAGUUCUAAAAGCAUGCACAAUGUGACCCAGAGCAUAGAAGAGGACAGGGAGGUUAUCAAGAGAGAACCUCCAAGUGGCCCUACUGCCAAGUCAAUUUCCAUUGCUGCUUUGCUUGAUAUGAAUAAAGAUGAACCUAGCAAGGAACUCACUUCAAAGAAGGAAGUUAAAGGUUCUCCAAGUUUCUUGAAAAAGGGAUCUCAGAAGUUAAGGUCAUUACUUAGCCUUACCCCAGAGAAGAAAGAAAAUCUAUCCAAAAAUAAAGCACCUGCCUUUUACAGAAUGUGUAGUAGUUCUGACACUUUAGUUUCUGAGGCUGAAGAUAAUCAAAAACCAAAAAAAUCAGAACCAAAAAUGGAUUCAUCUCCUAGAAGAAAGCGUUCUUCCUCAUCAAAUUCUCAAGGCAGUAUUCACAAGAGUAAGGAAGAUGUAACCGUUAGCUCACCUCAGGGGAUGAAUUCUCCACCCGAUGAAAGUAGUAAAAGAAUGCCUUCUCCAGGUCCGGUUGAAAACAAGUUCUUGGAAAGAGCAGGAGAUGCCUCUGCCCCUAGAUUUAACACUGAACAGAUCCAAUACCGAGAUUCAAAGGAGAUUAAUACAGUUCUUGCUCCUGAAAGAAAACCAGCUUCUUCUCCAAGGCCUAAACCCAAUGAGCUUCUAAGAUCUCAUUCAACUGACAGGCGCAUUUACAGUCGCUUCGAGCCAUUCUAUAAGAUCGAAAGUUCUAUUCAGCCAGCAAGCAACGUACCAAAUACUGGUGUGCACCGCCCAGAAAUAAAAUCCACAACUGUGGGCAAUAGUUAUGGCAGGUCCAGCCCGAUGCUUAAUUACAACACUGGUGUUUAUCACUCAUACCAGCCAAAUGAAAACAAGUUCCGAGGAUUUAUGCAGAAGUUUGGAAACUUUAUACACAAAAAUAAAUGAAAUAGUAUGAUUUCAAAUAGUUGUUAAAAACAAAUGACUAUAGCUAUAAAUAUUUCUCCAAAGAAUAUUGAAUAUUGUGGACAGUUUUUGUAACAUGCCAGUAGAUUUUUGUAGGGAAGAGAGUUUGUGGUAUGACAUGUUUACCACUGUACUGAUAUACAGUGAAGUUGUUCUGUGUGAUAAAGUUAGUUGUGCUUAAUUACAAUGCAAAUGGAAUGUCUCUAUAUACAUGAUUUUUAAAUGGUAAUGGCAAAAAAUGUAGUAUUUUCUUCAGACUCAAGAUAUUCUUAAGUCUCAAAUAGAAACUUUAGUGGAGAGACAGUGUAUGGAUUUUAAGCAUUUAUUCUGAAGUCUUUCCUUUUAAAAAAGGAUCAUAGUACUAUCAGUGGCCCUCUAUAACAUAUCUUUGUGGGUUUUCAUAUCUCCAAAUUAUGAGAAAAUAGGACAAAGCCUCUUUGGGUUUUAAUUCCCUUUAAACUCUAUAGAAUAAGUUAUGUUUUAUUAAUAUUUCAUUAAUUUUCCUAUGAAGCAUAUACAACUGGUCGGGCAGCAACAGUGGAGUUUAAACCAUGUAGCUCAGCAUAUCUUUCAUUUUGACUGAGGUGUUUGCAAAGGAUCAGCCUCAUGUAGUACAUGGUAGAAAUUUCUUUUCCUAAUUUUGUGAAAACCAUACAUGUUGUCCUUCUUUCUAUUCUGGACCAAGGGAGCCCAUACUUCACUCAUCAGUGAGCUGCUGAACUUUCAUAGUCAUUCCUUCCCUGAAAUUAGAACAAGCAGCAGAUAAUUUAGGAAACUAAGAUUAAAAAAAAAAAAGCUUUUAGAAAUGUAAACUUCUACGUAAUUUUUUUAUCUUAGAUCAGUAUGACAAUGCUUAGGUGUUUUGCUUGCAAAAGUCCUUGCUCUUUUUCACACUGGGCCAAAUAUACUAUGAGUGCAUAGUGUUUGCAUGAAAGUACUGUGAUGAACAUGAGAAGUGGUAUCUAGCCUAAUUCUUUCAUGACCAUAGACAGUUGAAAGUUUUAAAUCUCUCCAUAUCUUAACUUGAUGAUGAUAUUUAGAUCAUAAGAUGCCCUUUUGCCCUUCUUAGAGUAAUUAAAGCCCCACAUGCAUUAAAGAGA